AUGAAUUUCACGACCAAAACUAAUGAAACUGGGUCCAAGCUUAAUGGUAAACAAGGUGGACAUAAUGGUGGAGAAGGUGGACAUAAUGGUGGAAUAGAGAAACCAGACAAAGGUGCUAGAGGUACUGCUAUCAACGAUGGAGGUGGUGGACAAGGAAGUGAAUAUGGUGGUGAAGCCAAAUAUGGUGGUGGCAAAUACGGGAGUGGAAAUGGAAGUGGGCAUGUAGGUAGUGGUAAACAUGGUGGUGGAAGUGGAAGUAGAAGUGGGCAUGGAGGUGAUGGUAGUGGUAAGCAAGGGAGUGGAAGUGGCAGUGUGCAUGGUGGUGGUAGUGGUGGUAGCGGGAAACAAAAGUCUGGAAGGUAUGGAUACCCGGCACAUGUAUCACAAGGACUUGUUCAACCUUGUUAA